AUGUUUGUUCUAGGGUUUGGCUUUGAUUUGCUAACCAAGGACUAUAAGGUAGUUAGAAUUUCUCACUUUGAGAGGCGAAAAAAUGCAAUUCCUCUUCCUAAAGUUGAGGCUUACUCGUUUAAAACUGGUUCUUGGAAAGCCCUGACUUGUGGUGUUCCUUCAUAUAAUAUGGUUGAGUAUUUCUGGGAACAUGUUUUUCUAAAUGGUUUUGCACAUUGGAUUGCAUACAAGCGAGUUGGGGAUGGUAAAUUCCAUAAUGUGAUUUUAUCAUUUGGUUUUGGUGAUGAAUUGUUCCAUGAGAUUGAGCUCCCAGAAACAGUGGCUCCUAGUUUCCCGUUGCAUUUGGGAGUUCAUUUAGUUGGGACUAUGAUCGCGGGAGGUUUAACAUUGGUGUUUGGCUUUAGGGAGAGUGGCGAAUUGCUUAUAGGGACUAGAGGUGGAGAUAUGGUUUCGUAUCAGCCUGAGAGCAAUUGCAUUGAGAAACAUGGAUUGCGUGGGGUCAAAGGCUCAUUUUAUGCCAGUCCCUAUGUGGAAAGCCUUGUUUUGUUUGAUGGAUCAAAUGGGGACUUGCAAGGGCAAGUGAACACUGAUCCUGUUUUGCCGAAAGUUACAAAUGAGGAAGAAGUAGAUGAGAGCACACUCGAAAUAGCCUUGAAGGGGAAUUUUCUUUUUGCAGCUUCUUAUAUGACUAGUAGCCUGUUGGAGUUCCUACUUCAGAAUUAG